GGCGGACGGUGUACACGUACACACACUCACACAUACAGGCUACGGCGGAUCUGUGUGUUUGAGCCGGUGUGUGCGUGACAAACACGAGCUCCCAGCCGGGAUGAAAAGGCGCCGUGUGCGCCGCUCGCCCUCCGCUUCCGCGAGCCGGAGUCGCGGGGAUGUGGAGAUGAUGCGCGAGGCGCUGUCACUCUCUGGCGUGACAUCAUCAGCGGCGCUCGGAGUCGUAGCGCGGAAAUCAACGCUCUUUGGCUUCUCUCAUGGAUGCCGCAUGGAUUCGGAAGCACAAAGAUUCUAAUGGAUUUACCCAAGUGAUGCGCUGGAGACGGCAACACCAUAAAAGAUGAGGGGUUUUGAGCGUGGCUUCUUCUCCGAAGCAUCCAUUCGACUUCUCCUCUUAGGGGUGUUUUUGGUUACGGAGGAACUCCCGCCAUUUAACCGCGAGAUUCAGCCAGAAGAGCUGUGGCUGUAUAAGUAUCACCAUGUGGAGCACGACCACGUUCCUACCUCCAUCAUGUUUAGCAUUGCCUGCUUCGUACCCCUGACAGUCAUGCUGUUGUUCACGUUUCUGCGCAGAGCGGAGAAGGGGGACCUUCGUGAGGCCUUUUUAGCGGUGACGCUGGCCCUGCUUCUAAACGGCGUGUUCACCAACACCAUUAAACUGAUUGUUGGAAGGCCUCGACCAGAUUUCUUCCACCGCUGUUUCCCAGAUGGGCACGCUAACCCGGAAAUGCACUGCAGUGGUGACCCCGAUGUGGUGAUGGAGGGCCGGAAGAGCUUCCCCAGCGGACACUCUUCCUUUGCCUUUGCUGGCCUGGGCUUCACAGCCUUCUACCUGGCAGGGAAGGUGCACUGUUUCAGCCCCAUGGGGCAGGGCAAGGCCUGGCGACUGUGCACCUUCCUCACACCCCUCCUCCUUGCUGUCAUGAUUGCGCUCUCCCGGACCUGUGACUACAAGCAUCACUGGCAAGAUGUGGUGGUUGGGUCCAUGCUGGGCCUCUUCUUCUCUUACCUGUGCUACAGGCAGCACUACCCAGCGCUGAGUGACCCAAACAGUCACAGACCACUACGGCACAGAGAGGCAGUGCCGGCUGCCCAGGAGCGCAAGCUGGUCAACCACAUCCUGCCAUUGUAGGCACCCUUAACCACUCUUUCAGGCCUUUCAAUAGUGAGGAAGGAGCCAGGUAUUGCCUUCCUGAAGUGGUGCUGCCUAUAUGUUUCUCUUCCUUUACUCUCAAGGUCUUUUCUAACUGAACACAUUGGUCGUAGUUAUUUGGCGUUCUUAUAUCCGUGAGAUCCAUGCAUUUGCAUGGAUUUGCCGCACAUGGCAAACAUCUUGGCCCAGGAACUGUUAUUGUAAAGUGUGGAAAGCUGCUGGAAUGUAUCCAACAGGCUUCUUUACCUUCCAGUUAAUGCUUGCAAGUUGUAAGAGUGGUCGAACAGUCAGCAAAAUCCACAAUAGCAGAAGUAACUGAUGUUUUUCUUGACAAACGAUAUACAAAAAUUACCAUCUGACCUGAAGUCCCCUCUUGUGCAGCUGCGUUUUCCACUUUUUAUCUGUGUGGGGCCAGAAGACUGUAACUAAACCAUCGAAUUCUGGGAAGUUAGAGAUAAGGACAGAAUGGAACAAAUGUGUUGUUAAAUUUGAAAAAAAGAAAUAUUUUUGUUCAGUCUCUUCAUACAUUCCUUAUUACUAGGAAACUUGAACAAGCGACAGCUCAAAUUUACUGUAUUUACAUUUAAAUUGGUGAAGUACGUGUUUUACGUCGACCUCCUAAAUUAAGGCGUACGGGGGUCCAUAAAGUAGUCUGAAAUGUCAUUUUGCUCUAUUUAUACAGACUGUGGUUUUUGUCUUUGUGGAAAUACAUAUUACAUGUUAUGUAGCACAAAAGUAUAUAUUUAAGGCCACUGGAACGGUGCACAGAAACGCUGCCUGUGUCGAGGAAGGAAGUCGUACAAAUGUGAAACGAGGCCAAAAUCCUGGUCCUCGCAGCCCAGUGUGCGUGCAGGUUUUUCAACUGUCUUUAAAUGGCGAAUGACCUCUGUACUGGGAGAUAAAAGGAAAAUAAAAAAGUAGGGGAAUGAUGAGAUGAACCAGUGUGCUGGAAGCAGCAGAGAAACGCUGGUCUGUGUGAGAAAUAACUGUACUGAUUGUCUUCCGCUGUCUCUUCGUAUUCAUUGCCGCCUGGCAGAAAAAGGUUAUGUUCAUACCUAUGGGGAAACACUUUUCUGUAAGCUGUUGCAGG